UCCCAUGUACUUUACUAAAUAAAUAUGGUUGAUUUCUGCUGACUAAACUGAAGUUAGUGUAAACACAUGUCGGCCUCCUCCUUCUCAUAGACAUUUCUACAAACAGUUGAUGGGCAUAACAGAGGCAGCAACUAAACUGUAGGGAGAAUAAAGAUGGCAGCUUGUUCUAGCAAAGGAGGGUGCCCAAGUGACUAUGUAGCGCUUUCAGCUGCUCUACUGUCCAUGAUCUUUUGUCGAUGGUGGUCAAUUGACUGGGAUGACAUUGAAAUCUUUGAGGAUGGAUCACCAGACCACUCUUCCGAAGCUCUUAUACAUACUGCGGCAGAAACGACUUCUAUUGAAAGCGACAUUACCUUACAUGAUUCACAAGAUUCCUAGGUCCAAAGGCAGUAGCUUUUGGCUAGUGGCAAUUCAAGUUAUUGCAAGCUUAAAUCUAUUGUUGUCGAUAGUGAUGGCUCUCAAUUUUCUGAAGUUCAGAAAGAGACAUUGGUGGAGGUCAUGCUAUCUUUGGGCAGUCUGGAUUGAAGGUCCACUGGGAUUUGGUUUGCUGUUGAGCUGCCGUAUUACACAGAUAUUCCAACUUUAUUAUAUAUUUGUGAAGAGACGUCUGCCACCACUUAGAUCCUAUAUUUUUCUUCUGCUGAUUCUCUUGCCAUGGAUAGCUCUUGCUGCAGUUAUUCAGAUAAAAAAGCCUCUGAACGACCGGUGCCACAUGGGGACGCUGUGGAUCAUCAUUGUUAUGGGCCUUCAUGCAUUAUAUGUUGUAGCUUUGAUUGCUUUUGCUGGGGCUGUGCAUCAUGUGGAAUUCAGAUUUCAUGAACUCAAAGACCUUUGGAGAGGAAUUCUUGUCUCUUCAGCUUCCAUUGGAAUAUGGGUGGCUGCUUAUGUAAUGAAUGAGGUUCGCGAAGAUAUAUCAUCGCUAGAAAUUGCCUCAAGAUUCUUAUUAUUGGUUAUGACAAGUGUCCUUGUACUGGCAUUCUUCUCUUUCUCGAUUUCUCAACCUCUUGUCUCAGUUAUGAGCUUGAGGAAGAAGAAUCAGAAAGAAUACAAGACAAUGAGUCAGGCAUUAGGUAUACCUGAUAGUGGGAUCCUAUUACAGAGGGAAUCGACAAGCAUUCUAGAUCCUAAUGAACCUUUGGAAAAGCUCCUGCUGAAUCGAAGGUUCCGUCAGUCCUUCAUGGAAUUUGCAGACAGUUGUCUGGCUGGAGAGAGUGUGCACUUCUAUGAUGAAGUGCAACAUUUUGAUAAAAUUCCUAUUCAGGAUUCAGUUAGGAGAAUUUACAUGGCACGCCACAUAAUAGAGAAGUAUAUUGCUGCAGGAGCACCAAUGGAGGUGAACAUUUCUCACCGAAUCCGGCAGGAAAUUUUGAAUACUAAUGAUCUCUCCCACACUGACCUAUUCAAAAACGCUCUAGGUGAACUGAUGCAGCUGAUGAAACUGAACUUAGCAAGAGAUUACUGGUCGUCAAUGUACUUCAUGAAGCUGCAAGAGGAUAUCCGCAUGAGAGCAGUUGAUCCGGAGAUGGAACAUGCUAGUGGUUGGAAUUUUUCCCCAAGAUUGAGUUCUGUCCAUUGCAGUGAUGACCCUUUCCAGAAUGAACAUACAGAACUGCGAUGAUGAAACAUGUGAGUAGGGUCAUGACUUCCCAACGUGAUGGAGUUGCAUAUAUUUGGCCGUAACAGGAAGAGAAGGGAACCUAAACGAGACAUGAUAUUCAUCUUCACAGGAUGGGCUCCAGCUACCUGAUUCUCCUGUUCAUAAACGAUACGAGCCUUCAAGACCAAAUUUUGCUGUGUGAUGUUGCACCUCAUGCUUUGCAGACCUGAAGGAGCAAUGCCAAGACCAUGGUAUGUGAAAGAACAGGGCAGACUGAAAGUGGGCUUCUAGUUUUCAAAUUUGUGGGUGGCAAUUCAUGCUGGCAGGUAGAUUUAACAAAUGCAUACUUUUGUAUGUAAUUGGAACUUCAUAGGUAUAUCUUACUGUACUUGUUAUAUAAAUCAACAUGUGAAUAAACUUUGAUACCCAUUAUUGUGUGAAGUUGUGAAAGUUACAGGUGGAGUCGAUGUUGAAAUUCUGUUUGUUGGAUAAUUAUGUUGUACAAAUACAGUAAAGAUAAUUCUUGUGUUUAUAUAUACUA